CACCACCACCACUCACAGCAACCACCGACUAGCCACCGUCCAUGGCGGAGCAACACCACAACCAGCUGCAUCACCCCACCGACGAAGUCAGCUUCCACGACAAGGGUCCCUCCACCUCCCAAGUACUCGCCGUCGUCGCUCUAUUCCCCGUCGGAGGUACCCUCCUCUUCCUAGCCGGUCUCGUUCUCACCGGAACUGUCGUCGGACUUGCCGUCGCCGCCCCACUCUUCCUAAUCUUCAGCCCGAUCUUAGUCCCCGCCGCCCUCACCUUGGCCUUAUCCGUCGCCGGAUUCAUAACUUCCGGAGCUUUCGGUAUCACUGCGCUGUCUUCUGUUGCCUGGCUGCUCAACUAUGUGAGGAGAAUGAGAUGGAGCUCGCCGGAGCAUUUCGAGCACACAAGGCGGCGCGUGUAAGACACGGCAGAUCAUAUGGGCCUGAAGACGAGUGAGAUUGGCCAAGCAGCCCAAGUAACCUUAAGUUAAUAUGGGCCUGGGUUCAUGUUGUUUCGUGUA